AUGCGGGGCUUAAUUGCGUCGUCAAUUCUUUACAUUGCUCUAGCCGUAGGCCAGAGCCUGCCCUCACGUAUUGCCUACCAAUUCCCAGAAAAGCCCAACUGGAUCGAAAACAUCGCCGUCCGCAAAAAUGGCAACCUCCUCCUACCUCUUCUUACCUCUCCCGAGCUUUACCAAGUCGCCAAACCGUGGGAGAAGUCACCAUCAGCAGAGCUUGUCCACCGGUUCUCAGACCUAAAUGGCCUUCUCGGCAUCACUGAGACCUGCCCCGACACAUUCGUGGUAGUUGGCGGUAACUUCUCAGGCAUCGGUGUCAGCGUUCCCGGUACUUUUUCAGCGUGGGAGGUCAGCAUCGCAGACAAGAAGACGACGGUGAACAAGAUUGUCAACGUGCCAGAGGCGGCGUUCUUGAAUGGCGUAGUCUCUCUGCCGUGGGAUAGCAACAUUGUUCUCGUUGCCGAGUCUGCGCUGGGCAAAGUGUACAGACUCGAUGUCAAAGCCAAGAAAUACGAGACCAUCCUAGGCGGUCAAGAUCUCGAGCCUGCAGCCGGAGCGGUGCCGGCCAUUGGAGUCAACGGUGUGCGAAUCCGCGGAGACUAUCUGUACUGGAGCCACAGCUCCUUUAGAAAGGUCUUCCGGGUCAAGCUCGAUCGCUCGGGUAGAGUUGCGGCGAAGGCCACUAUCGACCAGAUUGCCGAUGUGAGCACCAUCGCUGCAUUUCUCGAUGACUUUGCUUUCGAUAAAAAGGGCGGUAUCUGGGCAGUGACCAACAUUGAUAAUAAGCUUGUUUACAUCACCCCCGAGGGCAAGGGCACCGUCGUGGCCGGCUCAGAGACGGAACUGACUGUCGCUGGAGGAACCGCCACUGCAUUCGGACGGAACGUCAAGGACAAGGGGAUCUUGUAUGUUGUUACUGGAGGGUCUCUUGCAGCGCCGGUCAAUGGGUCGAUCACGGAGCCUGGAAAGGUAGUAGCUUUUGAUACACAUAGCUAUGGUCUGUAG